AUGGUUCUGCCGAAUCGGUCGUUGCUAGGAGUAGCCGGUCUUCUGGCCCGUGCCGCUUAUGCUCAGUUUCCACCAACACCACAGGGCGUGACAAUAGUCCAGUCGCAGCUGGAGAAAGGUGUCAGCAUUUCAUACAAGCAGACGGACCUCUGCGAGACCACGCCAGGUGUUCGAAGCUUCUCCGGCUAUGUCCAUCUUCCCGCUGCAGCUCUGGCCGAUUUGGGCGUCCAGAACCAAACCUAUGAGAUCAAUACGCAUUUCUGGUUCUUCGAAUCUAGGAAAGACCCUGCAAAUGCUCCUUUGUCAAUUUGGAUGAACGGCGGCCCCGGCUCCAGUUCCAUGCUCGGCCUUUUGCGGGAGAAUGGCCCCUGUUUUGUUCAUUCCGACUCCAAUAGCACGUAUCUGAACAAGUGGUCAUGGAAUAAUGAAGUGAACAUGCUGUACCUCGACCAGCCCGUGCAGGUAGGUAUGAGCUACGACAGCUUGGUGAACAUUACCAACAACUUGGAUACUGGCGAGAUCAAAGUCGUGGAUUUUGGACAAAGCCCUGUUCCGCCACAGAACAACAGUUUCUACGUCGGCACUUACCCCAGCCAAAACCCGAACAUGACCACUCGAGGUACCGAGAACUCUGCACGAGCGCUCUGGAACUUUGCCCAGGUUUGGUUCCAGGAGUUCCCUGAGCAUAAACCCAACGAUGAUAGAAUCUCCAUUGCCACAGAGUCUUACGGAGGUCGUUACGGACCCGCUUUCGCCGCCUAUUUCCAGGAGCAAAACGAGAAGAUUGAAAACGGAACAUGGCGCGAAGCUGGACAAACGCAUAUAUUGAACCUGGACACCCUUUUGAUCAUCAAUGGCUGCAUUGACCGCUACGUACAAUGGCCAGGGUAUCCCAAGAUGGCAUACAACAAUACAUAUGGUAUUAAAGCCGUGAACGAAACCCGCUACAACGAGGCACUUGGCAACCUGCACAGUCGAGGAGGCUGCUUGGAUCAGAUUCAGAACUGUCGAAACCUCAGCAUGACAUACGAUCCGACCAACCAAGGUUUCAAUCUUACCGUCAAUAAAGUAUGUGAAGCUGCAGAAACCUUCUGCUCCGCGACGAUUCGAGACCCCUAUUUCGAUAGCGAUCUUAAUUAUUACGAUAUUUCCGCGCCAGGCGCAGCAUCUUUCCCUCCGCCAUGGUACGCGGGCUUCCUCAACCAGCCGCAUGUGCAGCAGGGCCUCGGGGUGCCGCUCAACUGGACCCAAUCCAACUCGGCAGUAUCAAGAUCCUUCCGUAGUAUCGGUGACUAUCCACGCCCUGGCUGGAAAGAAGAUCUGGGAUACUUGCUCGAGGAGGGCAUCAAAGUUACACUGGUAUAUGGCGACCGUGACUAUGCAUGCAACUGGUAUGGAGGCGAGUUACUCUCUCUCGCAAUUCCCUACGACAACGCAACUUCGUUUGCCGAGGCGGGCUAUGCUCCAGUCGUUGUCAAUGACACUUACAUCGGAGGCCAAGUGCGGCAGCAUGGCAAUUUGUCAUUCACGCGCGUCUAUGAAGCCGGUCACGAAGUCCCCGCCUACCAGCCAGAGACUGCCUACAAAAUCUUCAUGCGUUCUCUUUUCAAUCGAGAUAUUAGCACGGGCAAUGUCUCUACUGCCGAAACUCCUGGCUACGCGACCAAGGGACCAAGCGAUGUGUCCAACAUUACCAACCAGCCCAUCGUCGAUCCAGGGUCGCAGUGCUAUGUGUUGGAUCGCGAUCAGUGCACCAAGGACCAGUGGAAGCGCGUAAUGAAUGGUACCGCCCUGGUGCGAAACUGGAUCGUUGUGGAUGCCAAUACCAGUCAUCUGUUCCCGGACCUAGGGGGAAAUGGUGCUGCGUCUGGAGGCGCUUAUGUCGGUUUAUGUGCCAAGGCAUUGUUCGCAGCAGCGCUGGGGGUCGCCUUGGCUAUGUAA